AUGCUCAAGAGUUGGAAUAAUACGACUAUUACCUUGAUUCCUAAAGUGCCUAAUCCAUUACAUCCAGGUGAUUUUCGACCAAUCUCUUGCUGUCAUGUGCUUUAUAAUUGUAUUUCUAAGCUCAUUUGUUCUAAGCUUAAGCUUGUGCUGGAUUUUCUGAUUGAUCAAGCUCAAGGAGCUUUUGUGGAGAUGAUGGCGGCUCUUAACUUUCCCCACAAGUUCAUCAAAACCAUCAUGACCUAUAUCACAUCCACUAGCUAUGUCUUGAUGAUUAAUGGUUCUCCAACCUACUUUUUUGCGGCUAGGCGAGGUUUAAGGCAGUUCAACCAAUAUUUUGCUUCAUCAUCACUUAUAUGA